AUGGCUCCAAUAGUGUCAUGGGACACAAUUAGACAUAAAAACAUAAUACAAAGUCAUCAUAGUAAUAGUCCAUUGCAAUUGACUAUCGUAUGA